AUGAAAAGUGUAAUUUUCGCUACUUUUCUAGUAGCUUCGCUGUUGGCUACUAGUUUUGUAUUGGUAUCUGGUGUGAAUAUUACAUGGGGUUACAUUGGUCCUUAUGAUCGAAUUAUUGCUCGUGAUUUUGUUCAGCACGAGGCGAAUUGGUUUACCAAACACAAGGAAAUUGUAAAUUAUCCACCAAAGGGUCAUCAAAGUUUCCGGCAAUUGUCAGCCAUACGUGUUUUGGAUUUGGGUGGCAAAAAGAACUUCGGUUAUGCCACACUCCUAAAGGGUGGUCCCGGCCACUUUAACAGUACCAUUGAAGUGAGAUCACAAGCACGGAAACCCGUCAACAUGACUAUUGAGUAUUUCUCCCGAUUUUAA